AUGGGACCAUACCUACCCCCCACUUCUGCCUCCAAAGCUUCCUGUUCUUUUGUGAUAACAGUGGGCAGCAAGGUCUCAGAAGAUACACUGAAAUCAUGUGCUGAUCUCUUCAGCUCCGACUACGGUAUUUGGGAUGAUCAAGCAAGUACAAUUUCAAAGUAUACUUUGGCUGGGAAAAGAGUCAAGAUGACUGCUGCAAAACUACGAACUCAAUGUUUAUCUCACCCAGAGAAUACUCUUCUGGUAACCUACUACAUCCAGGUUGAUCCACUCGACAUAAAGGUAGCUUUCUCACAAUUACAUAAAGGUAGCUUUCUCACAAUUUCUUGCCGAAGCUCACCUUCUGAUUUCAUCCAAGUUGGCUGGGUGACCCAGCUUGUUGUCGAUAAAGCAGUCCGUCAACAUUACAUUGCGACUCAGCUACUGCAAACUCUCAAGUUCCACACCUUAUUCUCCUCUGUCAACAUCGUUGGUCCGGCCUCAUCUCAUCCUGCUGCUUGUAAUGUUUUGGCAAAAUAUGCUGCUGCUAAUAUCAAAGAUGUCAAUCUGGACUUCAUUCGUGAACAUGCUAAGGGGGUUUUGGAAUCCUCGCCUAUCAGCUAUGUGAAGGCUGCUCAAUUGAGGGGCACACUUUUUGAAGACAACUGCAACGACAGAGCUAUCUCAUCUGUGUAUACCAAGUUUUAUGUUGACCAUGCCGAGUACUGGAACAUCACUAAUGCCAAGCCUUUAGCUGUGUUGGAACAGUACAAGAAGAAGGGUCCAUGGUGCUUGGGUGAGCUCCUUGAUGGGCAUGAAUUUCUUGCUAUCUUUCCUAUCGCGCCCAUGAGCCCAGUUGAUCCCAAAAGUUAA